CUAUAUGUUUAGUAAUAUUAGCACAUGUACAUAUGUUGUGGUAAACAAUGUCGAACUGGAUCGGAUACGCGGUGUCGGUCAACUGCGGCGAGCCCCUCGGCUGCUACCAAGGCACUAUUUUACAAGCAGAUGGCACUACAAUUACACUCACCAAAGCCUUUCGAAAUGGAUUCCCAUACCCUAAACCUCAGGUUACGCUAAAUGCUGCAGAUAUAAAAGAGUUGAAAAUCAUAGAAACUCGUUCAGAGCCUGCAGAGCAGACCCAUAGUACUGUAGCAGUUACAAAAUCUAACAAGAAGGGUCACCGUGCAACAGUCUGCGAGAACUUACAGGCAAACCCCAGUAGUUCAGGUAACCAACCAGCAGUAUCUACUAGUGGUGUGAACACUAACAAGUCUGGAAACAAUCGUGUACAAGGCCAGGGUCCCGCACGGAGCAAGCCCAUAGACAUACAGGGCCCACGGACCAACAAGAAUAACACACAUGCAGGGAGCUACGGCGGCGCGGGCUCGACCCCCAAGGGGCGCGCGGCGGCGGGCGGCGGGGACAAGGCGCGGCGCCGCAACGAGGCCUGCUUCGGGGACCUCGCCGAGCCCGCGCUCCACGACGACUUCGACUUCGAGGGCAACCUGGCGCUGUUCGACAAGCGCGCGCUGUGGGAGCAGAUGAACGCGCAGGCCAACAAGCCGGACCUGGUGCGGCAGGCCGACGAGGCGGGCAAGCUGCGCCACGACCAGAACGUGCUGGCCGCCGCCGCGCCGCCCGCCCGCCGCGCCGUGCGCGUGCCGCCCGCGCUGGCCGGCGGCGCCGACUACGUCACCGACGGCGGCCUCGUGGUGGGCUCGGUGUCGGCGCGCGCGCGGCGCCGCCUCUGGGACGCCGUGUGGCGCGCGGGCGGCGCCCCCGCCGCGCUCACGCUGGAGGCGCGCGCCGCCGCCGACGUGGCGCUGCGGCUCGUGGGCGGCGGCCGGCGCCUCGACCCGCGCAACGCGCACCAGACGCCCGUGGUGGUGGCGCUGCUGGGCGCGCACGGCGCGGCGGCGGCCGGCGCGGCGGCGGCGCGCCUGCUGGCCGCGCACGGCGCGCGCGCCGCGCUCCACGUGGCCGCGCCCGCCGCCGCGCUCGCCGCCGCGCCGCCCGACCUGCGCCGCGAGCUGGCCGCCGCGCGGCUGGCCGGCGCCGCGCUCGAGCCCGAGCUGCGGCGGCUGCCCGCGCCCGACCUGGUGCUGCUGGCGCUGCACGACCCGCGCGGGGAGGAGGCGGCGGGCGGGGCGGGCGCGGGGGGCGCGGAGGAGGCGGCGGUGUCGUGGGCGCGGGCGGCGCGGGCGGCGUGCGUGUCGCUGGAGCCGCCGGAGCGCGGGUGGGCGGGGGCGGGGGCGGCGAGCCGCGCGGCGGUGGUGGCGCUGCUGCCGGCGGCGCUGUCGCCGUCGCUGGGCCGCGUGUUCCUGGCCAACGUGGCGCCGCCGCUGUCGCUGUUCUCGGAGCUGGGCAUCGAGUACCGCCCGCCGUUCGGCGCGGCGUCGGUGCUGCCGCUGCACGCCGCCGACGACGGCGACCUGCUCUGCGACUGACGCGGCGACCGCACCGCGUGCGACCGACGAGCGAGAUCGUUUUGAAUUUAUUUUUUUACCGCUCGUAA